ACGGCGGGAUGGGGAAGGAGCAGGAUUUGUUGGAUGCCGCCCGUACCGGGAACCGGGCUGCAGUAGAGAGAUUAUUGGGGGGAAAGAGAUUGAGCGGGGCCGGACCGGGGGGUGCAGCUGUUGGUGGGUCUGGAGGAUCCGGGGGAACAGGGUCCAGUCAUCCCCUUAGUAGCUUUCUCAGCAUCUGGCGUGGCCCAAAUGUGAAUUGUGUGGACAGCUCAGGAUAUACACCUCUGCACCAUGCUUCUCUCAACGGCCACAAGGAUGUUGUGGAAGUGCUCUUGCGGAAUGAAGCUGUGACAAACAUUGCAGACUGCAAAGGAUGUUUCCCUCUGCAUCUUGCAGCCUGGAAGGGGGAUGCUCAUAUUGUUCGACUUCUCAUCCACCAUGGACCUUCUCAUGCGAAGAUCAACGAACAGAAUGUCCCAGAAGUGAAAAAGUACGGCCCCUUCCAUCCUUAUGUGAAUGCAAAGAAUAAUGACAAUGAGACAGCCCUGCACUGUGCUGCCCAGUAUGGGCACACUGAAGUGGUACGUGUAUUGCUGGAAGAACUUACAGACCCUACAAUGCGAAACAACAAGCUGGAAACACCACUAGACUUGGCAGCGCUGUACGGACGCUUAGAGGUGGUGAAGCUACUUCUCAAUGCCCAUCCAAAUCUGCUGAGUUGCCAUACACGAAAGCACACACCCCUGCACUUGGCAGCCCGAAAUGGGCACAGAGCUGUGGUCAAGGUGUUGUUGGACGCUGCAAUGGACAUCAAUUAUCAGACAGAGAAGGGAAGUGCUUUGCACGAAGCUGCCUUAUUUGGGAAGACUGAUGUGGUACAGAUGCUUCUAGAUGCAGGAGUAGAUGUCAGUAUCACAGAUAAUAAGGGGAUGACUGCGUUGGAUAUUGUACAGGAGCUGCCCUCUCAGAAAAGCAAACACAUAGCUGCCCUCAUACAAGAUCAUAGCUCAAGUGUAGCAUCCAAAGAAAUUGUGCAGGACCCAGUGACACUGGCAGCUUCUCAUCCCAUCUCUGACACACCAGGAGGAGGCUUACAGCGGGGUUUUCUGGAUCUGAGGUUGGAUUUGGAAAGUGUUUCCCUGUCAGAGUCCCCAUAUGAAGCUCUCUAUAACGCUUCCUCCUGCCACUCUCUGGACAGCAUCUGUAGUGCCCGAUCUUCUGACAGAGAUUCCCUUAGCCGUGAAAUUACAAGGACACGGAAAAAGGAGCGCCCUCCUCCCCCUGCGAAACCACCACCAGAGGAGGAUGAAGAUUUACAGAGGAGUGGUGUGGGGGCCACCAGGGAGGCUUUCAGUAAUAUGCACACAGGACGAGAGGAGGAGAAUCCCUAUGAACUGCUUCUUACUGCAGAGACCAAGCGACCAGAUGGCAGAGGAGAACCGCAGCUUCAAGGAAAUGCUGGAAACCCUCAGCCUCAGGUUAGAUCACGCCGUCCUACAAUCUCACAAGACCAACAGCGCCCCCAAAAUCGCCGUGGGUCAUCGGAUCUAUCCAGUGGUCACUCUGAAGGGGAGUCCCAUGGCUCUGAGCGACCUAAUGGUGGGCAGCGGAGGAGCAGUUCUGGAGGUUGGAGUCUGGCCUCUGCUGAUAGCUCUGAUUCACACAUGCUGCAGCACUUUUCAGGCCUACUUCACGGCUCCUCCCCUGUGUGUGAAGUUCGGGACCCUCUUGUACCCUGUGAUCAAUCUUUAGGAGAGGACAGCAGAAACGGUGCUGCCACACGUAUGGAACUGCCUUUACGCCGCAGCUUGUCGAAAUCGGACUCUGACUUGUUGACUUGUUCUCCUCCAGCCGGAGGAGAAAGUGAAGACUGGAGUCGUAGUGAAUCACUUUCAAACUGCGCAACUGGAGGAGGCAAGAAGAGACUAGAAAAAUCGCCCUCUUUCACUUCAGAAUGGGAUGAGUGUCUCCAGUUGAUCCCUGCAACUCCCCCCAAACAUCAAAUUGAUAAAAUAAUGAGCUCCAUUGGGCAAGGCAUUGAGUUCUCGCAGGAGCAACAGGUCAUGGCAGGAACUCGUGUCCCUGAGCAAAGUGUAGCCCAGUGGUUGGAGUCUCUUGGGCUUCAGCAGUACGAGAGCAAACUAGUUUUGAAUGGAUUUGAUGACAUCCGCUUUCUGACAGGUAACAUUUUUGAAGAACAGGACUUGAUAGAUAUUGGAAUAACAGAUAUUCAACAUCGGCGCAGACUUUUGCAGGCAACCUUUUCAUUACCCAAGUUACCUACGUUCUCUGGGGAUAUUUCAGUCUCCUCCUGGCUACAGGCGCUAUCCUUGCAGCAAUACACACCAAGCUUCUUAAGUAGUGGGUACACAUCUAUGGAGACACUCCGAAAUCUGUGGGAACUUGAGAUUGUAAAUGUUCUAAAAGUAAAUGUGCUGGGUCAUAGAAAGAGGAUUCUAGCAUCCUUAGCAGAGAGACCAUGUGAAGACCCCCCACAGAAACCUCCCAGAUUCUCUCAAUUCCGGUGUCCAGACCUUCCACCCCGUGUUUCUUCCUCUGCCUUUGGCCUUGUGGAGCAAAGUCCUGGAUCUGAGUCAGGACGAAGCUGGGCAGAGGGAGCAGAGAGCCGAGGUGGUCGUCAGAGAGUGCAGGAGGAAGCUAGAUUAACCUUGCGUCCUCCCAGCAUGGCUACUCCAUAUGCCCCUCUACAGAACUGGCAGCACCAGCCUGAGAAGUUAAUAUUUGAGUCUUGUGGUUAUGAAGCCAGUUAUUUGGGAUCAAUGCAAAUUAAAGACUUGAGAGGGACAGAAUCCACUCAAGAUGCCUGUGCCAAGAUGAGGAAGUCCACAGAGCAGAUGAAGAAAAUUCCUCGGAUAACUCUAUCCAUCAGCUACAAAGGAGUCAAGUUCAUUGAUGCAUCAAAUCAGAAUGUCAUUGCUGAACAUGAGAUCCGAAAUAUUUCCUGUGCUGCUCAGGAUCCAGAGGACCUAUGCACUUUUGCCUACAUUACAAAGGACCUGCAGACCAGCCACCACUACUGCCAUGUGUUCAGCACGGCCGAUGUGAAUCAGGCCUAUGAAAUAAUCCUCACUUUAGGCCAAGCCUUUGAAGUAGCCUAUCAGCUAACGAUACAGGCCCAGAAAUCUCGUCCCCCUGAAGCUGUUGUUACACGACCUUCCAAACCUGUGCCCAAGCCACGAGGCAGUAUACGUAGGCAGACAACGGAGUCAUUAGAAGGAGACAAUUCUUCUCCAUCUCAUGGAGGAGUGUCCUGGAUUGUGGAUCCUAAGCAGGAGUCAAACAGGAGCCAGAGCACUAAUUGAGGAUCAUCUGCCUCAAAACGGAAAGACCUCCACGGGAUUCAACUCCCAAAAAGUCAGGCCUCCUUAAAAGAUCAGAGGUGCAACACUGAGCCGUGACAGAUGCAAGAGACAGUCGCCUUUCUUCCACCAGGUGGAUUCCUCUACUUAUGUCUUGCAAGGGGAUAUUUUGUCUUUGCCUCCUGGUAACUAUUUGUUGGAAGAAAGCCCUGUUAAUAAUGGAUAGAAGGAAGAGCGAAGGAGAUGUGAAACUACUCCUCCCGCAAGACUUUUCACACUCACUGCACUCGAAAAUCAGCAGUAGGAUGAAACCUGUUCUGUUUUUCCAUAUAUAUAUAUAUUAUUUUUUUUCCGUAUAUAUGUAUAUAUCAGGGGGAUGACUGCACAUCCCCUUCCCAUCAGUUUUAAUGUAGCACUUUUUGGAGGGCGGUGGUAGCAGUUUGGAACUAUCUAAGGGUCAAUGUCCCAUUGCCCACGUAGCAUCUUUAAAUUCACUGCUGUGUAUUCAUGUUUGACAUGUUUGUGCCUCCUCGCCAUUUGGCAGUUGAUCUAUGACGCUCAAUCCAGCUGUUUGGUUUACAUGAAAUUUAGCUUUUUUAUAUUUUUUUGGCAUUAUAGCACUUUUUUUUAUUGCUCCUAAUGCCUUUUUCAUAGCGAAAAACAUUUUAAAAGAUUUUUGAAUGUAUCCCUACCUAAUAAUCUGUUACCAUUCCUUUUAAGGACUUGUCUGAAGGGCUCUGAAACCAAAUCAUUCUGAACCUCAUUAUAGAAAGCAUGGCUGAGUUAAGAGUUUGUUUUUUUAACAUAAAUGUCUUACAGCUGGUUCCAUAAUUGCCGAUUAUGGGUGAACAUUCUUCAUGGGAUGGAAACUGCCAAAAACGCUAUCAUAUGGGACAAGGUGAUAAAAUUGAGAAAAGCUGUUUAAGCAUCUGGACCAUGAGUCAGCAGGAUUUCAAUUUACAUCUCCAUUGGAAAAUGACUUCUAAUGCCAAGACUGAUAAAAUUCAAGUUAUUAAAUAGGUCUUUAGACCUGUUUUAUGGAGGACUCACCAAUACACAUGCAUUAUGCUCAUGCAGGACUGCCUACAUUGUCCAGUUUCCUCCUCUUAUAUUACAUACUUUGUGUGUUUAUGACAUCCUUUAUAACCUAGAUCAGCUGCUAAAGUGGCAUUAGAUGCCUUUAGAUACAUCCUUUUUUUAAUACAUCCAUAUGCCAAGAAGAGCGUUUUACAUUGGAUCUUCACUGCCUGCUGAAGGCACCAUGUCACUUGACACUAUGCAGUUAGAGAACUUUAAAUGCCCAAUUCUUCUUUUGUUUUUCUUUUCUACCACCCCCUUUUUAAAAAAAAAAAAAGAAAAAGAAAAAAAGUAAUACCCCACAGAAAAUGUCCAGUGGAUUGGGGCAACCCUGGUACAAAUGGUACAUUCCCAUGCCUUGUUAUUUUUGUAUAUCCAUUUAGCCAUGGGCAGAUAUGCCAAUGCCCAAUUUAGCUGCACACAAACUAAAUCUCAGCUCUUCCAGCCUUGGUGACUUUUUGCUUCUACUCUGUCAAACUCCGGAAGAUAUGUGCGGUCUAUUUCUUGAUCACACAGACGUUUGCCCACCAUGUGUAGCUACCACAUAAUGGUUUCAAUUAAAUGGCCAGACUCACACACUAAUGUUUUUAGUCGGUACUAGUUAAAGCUGCUAUAUAUAAUCCUAUAUUUAUCUUCUAGUGAAUGGUGAUUUGUUUAUUUGAAUCUGCUAUAUGGGUAGGCAUACAAUGACCGGUACAAUCAACAUCCUUUCUUCUUACUCUUCCCUGAGAACGGGGGGGGGGGGGGGGGGGGGGGGGGGAGGACUUUAGCUUCUGGGUGCUUCCUUCUAGCAAGGGCAGGAUAAUUCUCUGUUAUAAUCCUUAUAGAACUUUCAUGUCCUUUUAAAAUUACUUUGUUGUAUAAUGAUGCUGAAAUAUUAUGUGUAUACUGAUAAUGAACACGCUGCGCUGUAUGAUACUGAUUUUUACACUAAUUCUGUACACUGCACUAUGUAAUGGUACUGGGUAUCAAUACCCUUAUAAUGAACAUUUUACUGUAUGAUGA